AUGGCCGUAGUGGUCGCUCGCUUGCAGGUGCGGACUACGCCUGGCGUCCAUUUGCUGACACCCAACUCUCAUGUGUGGCUCCACGUAGCUGAGCUCUGUCCGGCGGCCAAACCCCGGGCAACCGCCUCCACCGGGGGGCUAAACCAGGUGAGGGGGCCUUGUGCGCGUUGUGCCGAGUGCACAGGCAUGGCGGCAUCCGCUGGAUGGAUGGUCGAAUGAAACACUGCUCCGGCAUCGUCGAGACGAGGCUCUGUCUGGUACGCCGUUGGACAGCUGCUGCCGGGAUGGGUCUCCGCAUCGCCUUCGUCGACGGAGACCGCGGACUUACGGCAAAUUCGGUCGUUCUCCACUAAGAACAACAAGUCGUGGCCCCAUAGUGGGGUUCGGCCGAGCCAAACAGGCACAUAGGCAGCCCUAUCCAGGGGUGGCACUGCCUGCCCUCACGAGGUCAAGGGCCUAGAAAAGGUGGCCUAAAAAUUGCUGGGCACCACGCCGUCUGCAGGCCAGCCAGGGCCGAAGAUGUCAUAAACAUGAUCGAAACAAUCAAAAUCGAAACAACAACAACAACAACAACAACAACAACGACAACAACAACAACAACAACAACAACAAUAACAACAGCAGCAGCAGCAACAACAACAAGACUCGCUCACCUCCUCAUCCUACCUCUUCUUCCUCUUCCUCUGCCUAUUCUUCUCCUUCGCCGUCUUCGUCUCCACCUCCUUCUCGCCGCCACACUCGUUGUCACCAGACUGGCAGGGUGAGUCCGCUCACUCUGGCAGCCUGGAAUGUUCGUUCCCUUUUAGACAACCCGAAGAGCAACCGACCGGAACGGAGGACAGCCCCCGGGAACUGGCGCGCUACAAGGUGGACAUCGCCGCACUCAGCGAGACCCGAUUCUCCAAACAAGGCCAAUUGGAGGAGGUGGGUGGUGGCUACACCUUCUUCUGGAGCGGUCGGCCCAGGCCAGAGCGAUGAGACGCGGGUGUCGCCUUCGCCAUCCGGGACGACAUCGUGGGACGACUGCCCUGUUUGCCGCAGGGCAUCAACGAUCGCCUGAUGAGCCUCCGUCUGCCUCUCUGGGGAGGCAAAUUCGCCACCAUCAUCAGCGCCUACGCUCCGACGAUGACCAGCCCCGACGCCGUCAGAGACAAAUUCUACGAGGACCUGCACGCCCUCUUGGCGACUGUGUCGAAGGCGGACAAGUUGAUUGUCCUUGGUGACUUCAACGCCCGCGUCGGCACAGACCAUACUGCCUGGAGAGGAGUGCUGGGUCCCCACGGUCUCCGCGGCUCAAACGACAAUGGUCUGCUGCUGCUCCGCACCUGCGCAGAACACCGCCGCAUCCUGACGAACACGUUCUUCUGUCUGCCGGAGCGACAGAAGGCCACCUGGAGGCAUCCUCCGUCGCGUCAGUGGCACCUGCUGGACUACGUCCUCGUCCGGAGGCGAGAUCAGCGGGACGUGCUGGUGACGAAGGCGAUCGCAGGUGCUGACGGGUGGACCGACCAUCGCCUCGUCAUCUCGAAGAUGCGUAUUCGCCUACAGCCCCGCAGGAGACCACAAGGUAAGCGACCCCCAGGUAAGCUGAAUGUUGCCUUGUUGUCUUUGCCCGCUCACCAUCUUCAUUUCAGCAAUGAGCUAGCUCACCGGCUAGACAACCUUCCUAUCGCUGUCGCCGACGACGCAGCCGCUGCCGAGAACGCUUCCGUGGAGAACCGCUGGUGUCAACUGCGAGACACGGUCCAGGCGACGACGCUCGCCGUCCUCGAUCGCGCUCCCCGCCAACACCAGGACUGGUUCGACGACAACGAUGCCGCCAUCAGAAAUCUGCUCGCCGAGAAGAACCGCUUACACAAAGCCUACGUAGAUCACCCCACUGAUGCCACCAAAGCUGCUUUCUACCGCAGUCGUCGCCAGCUUUAG